GUUUAAUUCAUUUUGCACAUAUCGUUUCCUGACUGUUUAAACUUGUACUGGUGGUCUCUUCACAUAAACAUACAUUAGGACAUGACAGCGGUCUAAUCAAUAUAGCCUCUUCAAACUGUGACGCAUCUCCAGUUGCAUCUCUGUCUAGCACACAGACAUUCAGCAUGUCCUCGCAGGCUGAAGGGACUGCAGAGCAGGCCCCUGACACAGAAGGACCCUCCUGUUUUUCCUCCUCUGAGAAUGAAGCCACACCUGGGAGCGUCUUCACCAUCACUAUUGGAGCAACCGUGCCCACGGGGUUUGAGCACACUGCUGCUGAGGAGGUCAAUGAGAAAAUAGGGGUUGAUGCACGUAUCAGCAAAGAUCGUGGUCGUAUAUACUUUCCCAUAACCACUGACAAGCUUUUCCAGGUCCAUCUUCUGAGGUCUGUGGACAACCUGUUUGUUGUGGUUCAGGAAUAUGAUCAUUACCAGUUCAAAGAAUCAAAGGAGGAGACUCUGAUGGAGUUGCAGCAACUUGCCUCUAAACUUCCCUGGUCUAAUGCAUUGGAGGUUUGGAGACUUAAUCGCACCUUCAAAAAAAAGAAAGGCUACAGGAAAGGAGGAAAUGGCUCCAAAUUAAAGCCCAGUAGUGCCACUGAUGUGCCUGUGCCUGACACUGAGCAGCAAGAACUGGCAGCUGAAAGCCAGAUGAAGAUGGAGGGCACACCUGAUGUGGAGAGUGGCACUCAGGAGUCUGAGGAGGCUGCACCUGAGGCAAAAGUCAUUAAGUUUCGUGUGACGUGCAACAGGGCUGGAGACAAACACAGCUUCUCCUCUAAUGAGGCAGCCAGAGACUUUGGUGGGGCUGUGCAAGAAUUCUUCCAGUGGAAAGCAGACAUGACAAAGUUUGACAUAGAGGUGUUACUAAACAUUCACAAUGAAGAGGUUGUGAUUGGCAUCGCCCUCACAGAAGAGAGUCUUCACAGGAGGAACAUCAGUCACUUUGGACCCACUACACUGCGCUCUACCCUGUGCUAUGGCAUGCUCAGACUGUGCAAACCUCAGGCAUCAGAUAUAAUCCUUGAUCCAAUGUGUGGGACUGGAGCCAUACCUUUGGAGGGGGCCAUCGAGUUCGGCAGUUCAUUCUACAUUGCCGGCGACAACAACGACAUGGCAGUGAACCGCACAGUCAAUAAUAUUUCUCACAUUCAAAAGCGGAGGGCAGACAAAAGCAGUGUCCCUGGAUUACCUAUUGACACGGUGCGUUGGGAUCUGUGCAACUUACCCAUGAGGACCAGCUCUGUUGACAUAAUCAUCACUGACAUGCCCUUUGGGAAGAGAAUGGGCUCUAGGAAGAAGAACUGGGACCUCUACCCCGCCUGUUUGAGAGAAAUGGCACGGGUGUGCAGACCAGGCUCAGGGAAGGCUGUGCUGUUGACACAGGACAAGAAGUGUUUUUCUAAGGCUAUCUCGAGGAUGGGAGGGCUGUGGAAGAAGGUGCUCACUGUUUGGGUCAACGUUGGAGGUUUACAUGCUGGAGUGUACCUCCUCAAGAGGACCGGGGCCGUGUUUGGUCAAACUCCAGAGGAUGUCUAUGAAUCACGGGGAACGGUUAACACGCAGGGGGACGAAAAGGAUGACAAGGAAACCUCUUAACUUACAUCCUGCAUUCAAGAAUUAAUGUUUAACUUGCAUUAUUUAUAUUUUUACAUAUUUAACCUCAUAAUUCAGGUUCUCUGGUCAAAUGUGCCAAGCGUGAGUUUAAUUUUUUUGUUUUCUCAUUUGGUUUGAUGUGAAAAAGGCAAAACACUGAGAAUGAAAGCUUUUUUGAGGUCAUCAGCAGUUUAGAGGCCCCUCACUCUGAGCCACCUCAUUUAUCUUUUUGUCAGAAAACCUCCAGAAAGUUGUUCCACUGACCACCUCAGACCCACUGUGUCUACUUUACAUGAAACGCACAUUACUUUUUGUUCCUACCAAUAAAUACUCAAACUAAA